GCUUCAAGUCCGCCGAGAUUGAUCGUCUAUCAAUCUCGCAGCAAGUCACUAGAGCUCAACCUCUGCCCAAACCCUAGAUUCCACAGACAAUGGCACCGAAGAAGGAAAAGGCUCCUCAAACCGCCUCCAAGCCCGCCAAGACCGGUGGUGGCAAGCAGAAAAAGAAGAAGUGGAGCAAGGGAAAGCAAAAGGAGAAGGUGAACAACAUGGUGCUUUUUGACAAGGCUACAUAUGAGAAGCUCUUAUCGGAAGCUCCCAAAUACAAGCUCAUCACACCUUCAGUCCUCUCCGAUCGUUUAAGGAUCAGUGGAUCACUUGCAAGGAGGGCAAUCCAAGAGUUGAUGGAAAGAGGUUUGAUCAGGAUGGUGUCUGCUCACGCCAGCCAGCAGAUAUACACAAGGGCUACAAAUAC